UAAAGUGAUUUUACUUUGUGGUAAUCUGGAGGUUAGUGUGCUUGUCGAACAGAUUAUUAGUCUGGAAGAGUCACUGAUCUCUGAAAAAACAACCUGUUAUCUUCAUUUUAAAAGGUUGUCCAGGAAUAAGAAAACAGACGCUGUUCUGAUCGGCCAAUAGCUGCACAUCAAUGAUCACAGGAUGCUUUAUAUAUGCAGAAAUCUACGCAUUUUAAAAGUCAUUUCAUAUAAACUUAGCUUCUUUCCUAGAAAAAAAGAAAACAGAUUCGCAGCAAGAACUUCCCAGAAUCAACCAACAGAAAAUAAGCUGUCAUGAAUUUCUUUUUUUUUUUUUGUUUAAACACGAUGAACUUUGUGAUAUGAGUCUGUUUUUUAUUGUUUCUUGUCAAUAAGAAGAUUAAAGUGUCAGAAGGAUUAAAUCCAUAAGUUCGGGAAAAUCCGCGCAGAUUAUCUUUCCUUUAAGUGGUUUAAUAGGUGUAUAAAAAGAGGCUGAAGGUUCUGGCUGAGGUAGUAGAAGCUCAGGUUAAAGAUGGGGAAACAUUUCCACCUGUAUGAGAACAUCUCCAAAGUGGACCCCUUCGAGGGGCCCCAGUAUUAUCUCGCCCCGUCGUGGGCGUUUCACCUCCAGGCCCUCUUCAUGGGCUUCGUCUUCUUCGUCGGGACGCCGUUAAACUUUCUGGUUCUGCUGGCCACAGCUAAAUACAAGAAGCUCAGAGCUCCUCUCAACUAUAUCCUGGUCAACAUCUCCUUUGCUGGCUUCAUCUUCGUCACCUUCUCCGUCAGCCAGGUGUUCGUCUCCACCGUGAGGGGCUACUACUUCCUGGGUCACACCCUGUGUGCCUUGGAAGCAGCCAUGGGUGCCGUAGCAGGUCUGGUGACGUCCUGGUCGCUGGCUGUGCUUUCCUUCGAGCGGUACCUGGUGAUCUGUAAACCGUUCGGAGCGUUUAAGUUUGGCAGCAGUCACGCCGCCGGCGCUGUGCUCUUCACCUGGUUCAUGGGGGUGGGCUGUUCCUGCCCACCUUUCUUUGGUUGGAGCAGGUACAUCCCGGAAGGACUGGGUUGCUCCUGCGGACCCGACUGGUACACCAAUAACGAGGAGUUUAACUGCACCAGCUACAUGUACUUCCUGAUGGUCACCUGCUUCUGCAUCCCUCUGUCCAUAAUCAUCUUCUCCUACUCUCAGUUACUGGGAGCUCUGAGAGCUGUUGCCGCCCAGCAGGCAGAGUCGGCGUCCACUCAGAAGGCUGAGAAGGAGGUGUCCAGGAUGAUCAUCGUCAUGGUCGGCUCCUUCGUCACCUGCUAUGGCCCAUAUGCUUUGACGGCUCUUUGGUUUGCCCACUCUGAAGAGGUAAAUAAAGACUACCGGCUCGUGACCAUCCCGGCAUUCUUCUCCAAGAGCUCCUGCGUCUACAACCCACUAAUCUACGCCUUCAUGAACAAGCAGUUUAACGCCUGCAUCAUGGAAAUGGUGUUUGGAAAGAAAAUGGAAGAAGCAUCUGAAGUGUCUUCAAAGACUGAGGUGUCCACAGCAUCGUAAUGUUUGGAGCAAAACUCAGAAGGACAUUUGACUUCCCUAAAGGACUUUUAAACAUCUGCGUUCAGAGAACCCAUAGGAAAAAAAAAACAAAAAACAAAACCAUGUAAACAGUUUAUACGUAAAACCCCAUAUCAAAUUUUAUUGUAGAAGGCAUUUGUUUAGAUAAAGCAAGAAAAAUGGAAUAAAAAUGUAUUAAAUUGUCUGUUUGUGCUCUUUUCUGAAAAAACAAACAAACUGCGACUUAAAAAAAACUGUGCACAACAGGACACCGUUGUUUGCCACAUUUGCAGGGAUACAGAUUAAAACCAGAGACUGAAUAUUC